AUGAAAGAACAAUUAAGUUACAAGCUCACACUAAUUUUGCUUAUGUUGACAAAAUGCUGGCAGAUCAAUUCCCUUGGAGACCAGAAAAGUAAUAGAUGUGACAAAAGGACUGUCAUACAUACCAAGACUCCGUGCCGAUCCUGCCCUCUAAAUACCAAGAUACGCUGUGCCCCUGGUUAUCUUCAGAUGACUAAGGGAUUUGGUGCAAGGAACUGCAGGUAUAAGAUUCCACUCAGAAUGUACUCGUUGUCUGUCAUUGGCUGUCGCCAUUCUUGCUCCAAGCUCUUCACCGAACCUCAAUGCUGUUCCGGCUAUUGGGGAGUAGAUUGUAUGGAAUGCCCAGGUGGAGCCGGUUUACCUUGCAGUGACAAAGGAAUUUGCUUUGAUGGCAUGGGAGGCAAUGGUGUUUGCAACUGUACGGAAGGCUUUGGUGGAGUAGGCUGUGAGAAUUGUGCGAAAGAAAAUUUGUACGGAGUUGACUGUGCUUCUGAGUGUGAAUGUGUUCAUGGUGAAUGUAACAGUGGAGUUACUGGCAAUGGAAUGUGCACAUGUUAUUCAGGAUACACGGGAGCAAAAUGCGAUGAGUCUAUUCCUGCCUGUCGGGCAUUGAAGUGCCCUGAUAAAGCCAGAUGUUCUGAAGAAAUGGACACUGGAAAGCUUGUCUGCAAAUGUUUGCCCAAUUACCAUAGCAAAAAUGGGAGCAUGUUGUGUGAACCAAUUAAUCCAUGUCUUUCCAAUGUGUGUGGCCUCAAUGCUAAGUGUACCUAUCUUGGACCAAACCAGAAAAAAUGCACCUGUCAAGAGAGUUAUCAUGGUGAUGGGCAGAUUUGUUUGCCAAUUGAUCCUUGUCAGAAAGGUUUUGGAGACUGUCUUACAAACUCAACUGUUUGCGUAUAUGAUGGUCCUGGAAAGUCCCACUGUGAGUGUAAGGAUGGCUAUGUGAAUCUAUUAGCAGGAGCAGGAUGCAGCCUAUUUGACGUGUGCGAGACAAACAAUACAUGUGAUAAAAACGCUAAAUGUCUCACUAUUUCUCCAGGACAGAUUGAAUGCACUUGCAAUAAGGGAUAUACUGGCGAUGGGUCUAUUUGCUAUGGAAGCAUUAUGCAGAGAAUCAAGGAUCUGCACACUCAGUCUGGAGGCCGAUGGCAGGGGAGAUUGACAUCAGCAAUGUUGCUUUUUGGUACCAGUUAUUCCUGGCCACUGACCAAUCUGGGACCUUUUACCUUAUUUCUACCUACUGAUAAAGCCUUUAAUGGGAUUAAUAUAAACACUAUUAUAUCAGAUAAGGAAAGGACUCAAUACCUUGCAAAGCUACACAUCAUUGCUGGCCAGAUGAGCCUUGAGGACCUAAAUGCCACUGACGUGUUUUACACUUUAACAGGGAGGUCUGGAGAGAUGAUAAGUAAAGAUAGGGAUAAGCAGCUAAGUUUGCGCAUUUAUGGGAGCAGGAAAAAAGGAACAAUUCUUCAAGGCAAUCUCGUUGCUUCAAAUGGCCUCAUACACAUUAUUGAUCAAGUAAUGGAUGGUGUUGAACCAACGAUCAAGAGUAGUAAGGAGAAAACAUUGCUCACAAUAAUUUCUGAAAAUGGAAAGUUCAACCAGUUUCAAACACUAUUACAGAAAGGUGAACUCACACAAUUGCUGGAGAGUCCUGGACCAUUUACAGUCUUCAUCCCGAGCAACCGGGCUUUUGGGAGCAUGAAAGAUGAAAUUCUAGAUUAUUUACUUUCACCGGAGGGUGAAUACAAGCUUAAGCAAUUGUUGAGACAUCACAUCAUUCCUUCUUCUAAGGGGCAGAUUCUUCUGGGUGAUCAGGAUGCAGGUAUCACUGACGCAAACGCAAUUGGCAAGAAUGGCAGGAUCUACUCACUUGAUGCUGUCUUAAUUCCGCAUUCAAUUCUCCCAAUUCUUCCCCAAAGAUGCGAUGAUGUGUCAUACAGAAUCAGAAAGGGUUCUUGUGUCAUUUGUGCUAAACAUUACUUCAGCUUUUGUCCUACUGGGAUGGCUUCCAUGGAAUCCUAUUCCCGUGGAUGCUUUUAUAGGUCCUUUAUGAAGAAUUUGUUUUUUCCAUCUAAAGGCUGUGCUAGGAAUUGCAAUGAAACAGUAAUUGUGCGAAAGUGCUGCAAAGGAUUCUAUGGUGCAAGCUGUAGACCAUGCUCUGGAGGUUUUAUUAAUGCCUGCUCUGGCAAUGGACAGUGCAUGGAUGGUUUGAAUGGAAAUGGCACGUGCAUUUGUGAUGACAACUUUAAAGGCUCCAGCUGUCACAUUUGUUCAAAUCCUAACAAAUAUGGACCUAAUUGUGCUCAAACGUGCAAAUGUAUUCAUGGAGAAUGUGAUAACAAACUGACCAGCGAAGGAGCCUGCAAACCUAACUCAUGUAAGGAAGGAUACAUUGGGAAGUUCUGUGAGAGGCAUACAACUUCAUGUGGACCCAGUGUUCAGUUCUGCCAUGUGCAGGCAAACUGUGAAUACAGGAAAGGUACCCUCAGUUGUGUCUGCAAACCAAACUAUGAGGGGGAUGGUUCCUACUGUGAAGAGCAAAACCCUUGUCUUGCACCAAACCGAGGAGGAUGCAGUGCCAAUGCUGUGUGCAAUAAACAAGGACCAGGAAGACACUUAUGCCAAUGCUUGCCUGGCUGGACAGGAGAUGGAGAAGAUUGUACAGAGAUUAAUAACUGUCUGCUGGAAAACCACGGGGGGUGUCAUAUGAACGCAAACUGUAUCUACGGAGGCCCCGGACAGAAUGACUGUGAAUGCAAGAAAGGUUUUCGUGGCAAUGGAAUAGAAUGCGAGGAGAUAAAUCCCUGUUUGGAAGAAAACGGUGGCUGCCAUUAUAUGGCCAUGUGCACCUAUUCAUCCCCUGGCAUAAGGAGCUGUAGAUGCCAGCAGGGUUAUGUGGGAGAUGGCAACAUUUGUUAUGGGAACGCUGUAAUGGAGUUAUCGUCAAUCCCAGAGGCGGCUGAAUUCCUCAAGUGGGUGAAUGAUGCUUUCCUAAACCAGGAACUUUCAGAAGCUCCAAAUAUCACCCUGCUCGUGCCCUCGCAACAGGCUAUUGACAGCAUGAAUAAUGACAAGCGAGAGUUUUGGCUGCAAGAGAAACAGCUUCCAAACCUAGUGAAGUACCAUGUGUUAAAGGGGGUGUACAGCCUUUCAGAUCUCCAAAAUUUUUCAUCUGAUUCACUGGUGACAUUGAUGUCGGGGAACAUCUUACCACUGUCAAAGCAGAAUGAGACUUCAGUGAUUGGAAGUGCAAAAAUCAUCGAUUCUGAUGUUGCUUUAACUAAUGGGAUCAUGCACAUUAUUGACAAGGUUCUUAUACCUGAUCAACUCAUGAGCGAUGAUUCAAUGGAUCUGCUUUCUCGACUGGGCCAGAAUGCUGAGUAUUCUCAAUUCAGAGCAUUUAUGAUUAAAUAUAACUUGGCAGCACAGGUUGAGGCCGCAAGCAGCUACACCGUGUUCUCUCUAAGUAAUGAUGUUAUUGAGAAUUACUGCAAGAAGAAUAACGUUGCUGAUAUGAGUGAAGACCUGAUGAGGUACCAUAUUAUUUUGGAUCAGAAACUAAUGGAAAGCGAUUUGCACAAUGGGAUGCACCGGGAAACAAUGCUUGGGAUUUCCUACCAAGUUGGAUUCUUUCACAAAGAAAACCAGCUUUUUGUCAAUGAUGUGCUCAUGAACUUUACUGAUGAGGAGACUGAUAAAGGAGUGAUUCACGGUCUAACAGAUGUUCUCAAAUUCCUGAUAAAUCGAUGUGACACCAAUGAUACUACUGUGUUGCAAGGAAAGUGCAUCAAUUGUCAAUAUAAACCAGACUGCCCGCAAGGAUCCGUUCCUGCCGAGGGCAACAAGAACAACUGUAUUUUCAUACGGUACGUGCUGGGCAAGCGAGUCAUGUACCUUGGCUGUCAAACAAACUGCAUAAAAACAGUCAUUACCCGAGACUGCUGUGCUGGCUACUUUGGACAUCAAUGCCAGGCGUGCCCAGGAAACGGUAUGGAUUCAUGCCUGGGGAAUGGCAUUUGCCAAGAUGGCAUCAAUGGCACAGGAGUGUGUGUGUGUGAAGAAGGCUUUGCAGGGACCGCAUGUGAGACCUGCAUCCCUGGGCACUAUGGAAUUCACUGUGAUCAAGAAUGUGCCUGUGCUCAUGGAAAAUGCAAAGAAGGAAUCAAUGGAGAUGGUUUGUGCGAAUGUAUUGUUGGAUGGAGAGGUGUCAAAUGUGACAUUGAAAUCACUGAAGACCAUUGCAACAACACAUGUCAUACAAGCGCCAACUGUAUCUCCAAAGCAGAUGGAACAAGAAUUUGUGGUUGUGCAGCUGGGUUCAGAGGCAAUGGCACAUUCUGUGAAGCUGUAAAUGCAUGCGAGACUGGCAAUGGCAACUGCUCACUUAAUGCCUACUGCAAAAGAACAGUGCCCGGAGAGAGGGUGUGUGUCUGUCAGAAUGGAUACACUGGCGAUGGCCUUGUGUGUAUUGAAAUCAACCCCUGUAUAGAGAAUAAUGGAGACUGUGAUGUAAAUGCAGAGUGUACACAAGUAGGUCCCAACCAGGCAGCGUGUAACUGCCUGAGCGGUUAUGAAGGUGAUGGAACGAGCUGUGCACCUCUUAAUCCUUGUCGGAUGAAAAACGGGGGCUGCAGUGAAUUUGCAAACUGCAAUCACACUGGACCAAAUCAACGCUCUUGUCAGUGUCUCUCGAGUUACAUUGGUGAUGGGUUUACUUGUAAAGGUACCAUAUACAAGGAGCUGACAAUGAAUGCUGUUUCAUCCCACUUUUUCUAUCAGCUCCAGCUCAAUGGUGUCGUUGAGCUUGGUGGUUCAGGGCCCUUUACUGUAUUUGUUCCGACCAGUGAGGCUAUUAAAAAGGAAGCAAUGUUAUCGGAAUGGACAACGAAAGGACAAAUGGCGCAAAUUCUUCGUUACCAUAUCGUAGCUUGCAACCAACUGCUGUACAACCAACUGGUGUCCAAGAAAACCCUCACAACUGUUCAUGGAGAACCCAUCCGCUUUAGCUUUGUGCAGAAUGUCCUGUAUGUAAACAAUGAUGCCAGGAUAGUUACGAGUGACGUUCUCAAUGCAAAUGGUGUGAUCCAUUUUAUAGACAAGGUGUUGGUGCCUCAGAGGAUACAGGUUAUUCCAAAGGAUGUCCUGGGCUACAAAUUUCAAAACCUCAGCACAGUUGCCGCACAGAAUGGAUACUCGCUGUUUGCUAAUCUAUUACAGGAGACAAACCUGCUGAAUGUAAUUAAUGAUCCUGUUCACAAACCAGUCACCCUGUUCUUGCCAAAGGAUAGUGCCAUGAGGUCCUUACCCAAAGAACAGCAGGACUUCCUGUAUAACAAAGACAACAGAGACAAGCUGAUCGAAUACCUUAAAUUUCACAUCAUCAGAGAUGCUAAGAUUGUGGCAGUAGAUCUCCCAAACUCUAAUUCAUUGAAGACAUUGCAAGGCUCUGACCUCAGCGUGACCUGUGGGAAGAGAAGAAACAUAGUCGGUGAAUUGUAUCUGAACAAAAGAAGCUGCAGAAUUACCCAGAGACACCUGGAAUUUGACAGCGGUAUCGCAUACGGCAUCAAUUGUUUAUUGGCUCCUCCAAGUCUUGGUGGUCGCUGUGAUGUCUUAACCACCUUUGACAUCAAGGGUGACUGCGGUAGUUGCCUCAACACACCCUCAUGCCCUUCUGGAACUAAGGCAAAGAACAAAAAGGAGAAGUGCACUUUCCGUGGUUCUUUCCACUUGAAGGUGGAUGGCUGCUUUCAGCAAUGUUCUGUCCUGAUCUGGAAACCCAAAUGCUGCAGCAGUUACUUUGGAAAAGACUGCCGAGCCUGUCCAGGUGGCCCAGAAACUCCUUGCAACUCUCAUGGCACAUGUGACGAUCAAUAUACAGGCACAGGGGUCUGUACCUGUUCUGCUGGGUUCAAUGGUACUGCAUGCGAGCUUUGCCCACCCAAUCGAUGGGGACCUGAGUGUACACUCUGUAAUUGCACUGAAAAUGGAGCAUGCGAUGAUGGCAAUGAUGGUCAAGGGAUCUGUUACUGCAAUGAAGGAUGGACUGGAGCUCGCUGUGAAACAAAACUAGUCGUGAAGCCUGUGUGUUCACCGAGCUGUUCAGAAAAUGCAGUUUGCAAGGAAAACAACAAAUGUGAAUGCAAACAGUUCUACGAAGGUGAUGGAAGAAAUUGCAAAGUUGUUCAGCUGUGUACGCAGAAUAACGGUGGCUGUUCAAAGUUCUCCUCAUGUAGUCAAAGUGGAAUGAAAGUUACCUGCAGAUGCAAAGAUGGCUAUUCUGGAGAUGGCUACAGAUGUGACCCAAUAGACCGAUGUGUGAAUGAAGAUAAUGGAGCAUGUGAUGAGCAUGCAAACUGCAUAGUGACUGGACCAAAUAAACGCAAAUGUGUCUGCAAAGAUAACUAUGUUGGGGAUGGACUUCGUUGUUCUGUAAAGAAGCUUCCGAUUAAUCGCUGCUUACAAGAUAAUGGAAAUUGUCACACAAAUGCAGACUGCACUGAUCUCCAUUUUGAGGAUAAAACAAUUGGUGUAUUUCAUCUACGAUCUGACAAAGGACAGUACAAACUCAAUUUUACAGAAGCACAAAUGCUGUGCACAGCAACGGGAGCAGUAAUGUCAACAUACAAUCAACUACAUAUUGCUCAACAGGCCGGUUACCACAUGUGUGCAGCUGGCUGGAUAUAUGACAAGAAAGCAUGUUAUCCAACUACCUAUUCCAAUCCCUCAUGUGGUGGUGGACACAUAGGAAUAGUAGACUACGGUGUGCGACCAAAUCUCAGUGAAACAUGGGAUGUAUUUUGCUACAGAAUGAAAGAUGUGCAAUGUAACUGUAAGAAUGGUUAUGUCGGUGACGGUUAUGCUUGUAAUGGGAACUUACUGCAGGUUCUAACUGCAACCAACAUGUUUUCAUCCUUCUUGACUGAGCUUCUCAAUUACUCAAACUACACACUGAAUGGCAGAAGAUUUGAAAGUCUUCUCACUGAUUUGACCAGUAAAGGUACUCUAUUUGUUCCUGUGAAUUCUGGAUUCAACAAAAAUGUGACGCUCUCUGGACGCGAUAUCGAGUACCACUUUUCAAACCUCAGUACCUUCCUUUACCACAAUAUGGAAAAUGGAACCGUUAUUCCAAGCCGAAUAGGCCAUUCGCUGCUCAUAACAAAUAAGGACACUGCGCCUCCCAGUCCAGAGUUCAACCAGCAGGUCACAAAACUGGUCAAUGACAGAUCAAUUAUUGCCUGGGACAUCAUUGCAUCAAAUGGAAUAAUCCAUGUUAUUGAUAAGCCUUUGCAAGCACCUCUAGAACCGCCUAAACCUAUUGCCGCUCAUGUUGGAAUUGGAUUGGGGCUAUUCUUCACCUGUGCUGUGGGAAUAACUCUUGUAGCAGUUGUUGCCUAUUAUUAUUACAACCACAAAAGAGGGCCUUUCAGCUUCCAGUAUUUUAAGUCUGAUGAAGACACAUCAUUUGAGAAUUCUCCUCCUUCCAGGUUCUGUAACCCAAUGUAUAACCAGUACACAUCUACAGAGAGCAGCAAAGACCCUUUUUCUGAUGGUCAGCAGUUGGCAACAGAUAUUACUGAACAGAGUUAAUAGCAGAACACAGGGAGUGUGUGUGAUUCGUAUUGCACAGGAAGACAACCUCAUGUGAACACUCAGACUGGAGGGUUUUUUCCAAUGUGAUUUAUCUUCAGUGAACUAUGUCCCUGCUGAAGGUUUUAAAGGCAGAGAGCAUCCUGUCAUUGGCACCCAAGAAUGGAUCGACUAAAACAAAACUAUGCUUAUGUUAUACACAUCUUACUUUUUUNGGUUCAAAGAAGCCCAAGUUAAGUUCAUUUAGUCUCCAUAAUUGUAAUAUUUAGAUAACUAUGGGCAUGUAAAAUUUAAAUUGUUUUAAAAAAGAUGGAAAGACUCAUGGAAAAAACUUUGGACAAAUUAUAGAUUCACCUUUAAAUUUCAAGGAUGUAUAUUACUUCUGUUUAGAAAGAUGUGAUUUUAGUAUAACAGACAACCAGAAAUUUAGGUAAAACAACUUUAUUUCUACCAUACAUAGGUAUCAAUACACUACAGACAAUGUACAUGAACUACAUAUUCAACAAUUUAAAAAAUAAACACCAAAACUUCAUUUUUCCAUUAUGUAACAAACAGUUGGUUCUUAAAACUUUUAAUAAAUUCUCAAGUCCUUUUCCUAAUGAAAGCAGAAUAUAAACACCACUAUGUAAUGUGAAUUCUAAUGAAUCUCACAUUUAAGUAACAUACAAAUUCACCAUUUGCCCUUAUUCUCUUCAAUAAAAUGUUGCAUAAAACACAGAAUACUUUUCAAGGCCUUUUAUCAAGUGAGCAAAUUGACCAAGUGAUUGACAUCUUGACCUUCAUCCAAGAGCUCAGCAUCACUGAUGGUAACUGUUUCAUUAUCAGCACUUAAAAUCAACUGUGAUCAAGCUGAAUUGGGCGCAAGAUCAAACGGUUCGGUACACAUAAUUGCAGAAAGUGCAAAAUGGAAAUAUACUUACAAUCAUGCUUUGGAAACUGGCUAAAAGUGUUGAUGGCACAAUUUAAAUGAGCAAAUUUAAACUUUCCUCUUUUCCCCUCAAGCCAUGACUGAGAAGCUGAAAAUUCAAGUUGUUAAUUUCUUUUUUGUUGGCAGCACAGAUCUGUGUGAAAUCACUUCAAGUGAUCUGAACCUAAAUAACUAGUACUCACAAGUUUGCAGCACAAAAUAUUUUGUAAUUGAACGCUAAAACAAUUUUAGAAAGAGUAGCCAGCUGAAAAGCAUCAGGUUAGAGAUUUUCUAAAGUGCAUCAACUGAUCAAUUGGAAAUUUAAUUCUUCAAGGUUUAAACCUGAAAAACGCAUGAAUGAAUGAGAAUAUUUUCCAACUUACAUAGACCAGCUGGUAUUGUACUUUGAAUAUUACAUGAAAUUAAAGAUGCAAAACUUAUUGUUAA